UGUCAGCGGCAGAGCCCACAACAGCUGCAGAGGGUGGGUGCUGUCGCGAGACUGCGAAACCGCAAUCGUCGGAGCGCACUUGCACCAUCGCUAGAUCCCGAGACGUUUAAACCAAUUAUGCUUAGGAUUCAGCUGGCCGGUACUAAUAACACCCUGGCGAGCUAGAGAAACAGCUGCUGGUUGUAAAUCUGGCACGACGAGUUGUUGCUGCUAGCUUGUGCUGCCAAGGCGCUGCGCGACGUUGGACGUCAAGUCGGUCAAGUUCCUUAGCACUCCACUGCUCAUGAUUGUUAGUCCGGGCGCGUUGCUGCCAGACGAAGAUGCUAUCGACUGCACGAGCGCUGUGCACGCCAAAGUACUGAAAACGUAGAAAGCACUGCGCACUUCAAUUGCUCAACAUCCACCGCCCUCGCGCAUCGUGCCGCCAAUCGAGAGGUCCGUGCGCCACUUCUCUGAUUGCGCACCGACAACCCAGUUCGGUUUCGACGGCCCUGCGAUAUCAAACGGUAGAGAAAAAAAGCUUUGGACAGAUGCUGCGGGGAUAUGCUUCCGUGGACUAAGCAGCAGUGGUAACUACAACGUGGAGCGUGUGUGCGAAGCGAAAGCGGCGAUCGCUUUCGUUUCGCUGUCGAAAGACCCACGGUACGCGCGAGCGUCGCAUGUGCAGGCGCGCUACCGUGCGAGUGCGCGCUCUUUCAGUAGUGCUGUGCGUCGUUCAAGCCUCUCGCGUAUGUUGCCUCUACAGCUGCUGGUGUCAUCGCUUGACCGAUGACGUGCUUGCUUGGCGGUCAGGCCAGUCGCCUUGGAUGCUGUUGAUCGGUAGCGCACACCGGGGCCAUUCGGCUGAUGUCAGGUGCAGCGGACGUUUCGAGUUUCGCGAUAAAGACUAGAACGGAUUUGUAGGUGCGAGUGGGUCAGUUUUGACCAGUGUGUGGUAGCAUCAAUUGUGAAACUUUACCGGACCGCUGUCGCGCGCGUGCUGCGCGGUGUAUCGAGGUGGAGUGGUGGUGGCGGCAGCCGCAUUGGAUCGCCGUAGGAGAGACGCACCUCCCUCGGGCUGCUGCACCCUGAGGCUGGUCCGCAGGAUGGGUGCACUAGUGAGCAGCUUCUUUCAGACGGGGGGACACUUGUUGUCACCGGGUGCGUCUGAGGGCACACGCCGGGUUGUCCUGGCGUUGCUCGAAGAGAUGCGCUCCAGAGAGGCAUCUCACAUCCACUGGUCAUCAAUAGAAAGUUACCUUGUGCAGAUACCAAAGGGUGAAAACAUCUUGUCAGUGGUGGGUCCGGACAACUACAACCUACUUCAGCGUGCCAUUGGCUUCAACUGUGUGGAGCUGGUGCGUUGGAUCCUGGGGCGAGGAUGCGACGUAAAUCGCGGUGUCUGCAGCCUGCCGCUACACAUUGCCGCCCUGCAAGGCAACGAAGAAAUUGUAGAGCUGCUGCUAAAGCAUGGAGCUCGUGUUGACACUGAGGCACGGAUGUGCUUCCCAGGUCCACAUAAUCAAGUGUGCGAGCUUUGCAGUUCAGUGGGAGGAACUGGUCCAUCUUCUGACCGCUACUCCGAGCGCCUUCAAUCUGCAGAGUACUACGCCAUCGACGGAGACCAUUCAGACAUCUUGGAGCUCUUGUUGGCUCAAGGGGAGGACAGCUGGCUUCCCUGGCAGCAGAAGCGACCCUUGCUGCAUCUGGCUUGCGAGCGGGGUGCCUGGAAUUGUGUCCGCUUCCUUGUUGCCGAACGCUCCGAGGAGCUCAAUCAGUGCUAUGAUGAGUACUACCCCAUCCACCAGGCUGCACUUCAGGACAAGAAGUUUUUGGAGUUGCUCAUACAGUGCGGAGCCGAAGUGAGUGCUCGUACGACAACUCAGCAGCUGACUGUGCUCCACGUGGUGCUUUUGCUGGGAAAGAAGUCUGCCGAGGAGACACUAUCAGUGCUGAGGGCCCUGCAGGACCAUGGCUGUCGUGAACUUCUCAAUGAGCCCGACAGCCUGGGCAACACGCCUUUGCAUGUGCUGAUCGUGCGCUAUGCGCUGGAGGAGUCGCGGCUUGGCUACCAGGAGCCACGCCCGUGGACUAAGUGGGACAUGCUUCAUUUAGUGCGCUACCUCCUACAGAGUGGUGCUGGGCCGAGCAUCAACAGACCGGGCAACAGUGCAUUGGCAUGUGUUCUUCGCCACGUUCGUGACUGGGAGUUCCGCUACGAGCUGCUGGACAUGCUCCUCCAAAACGGCGGCGAUCCCAACUGUGUCGGCCGCGACGGGUCGGCGCCGCUCAUGGUGUGUCUGGUGCCUCUCAUCAACAAGGAUCCGCUGCAUUCUCUUUCUCACAACAAGAAGGUGUUCUACCUCAACUCGGUGCGUCUGCUGUGUCGGUAUGGAGCAAACCCCAACUGCAAGUCACGCAGCAACCUGACCCCAAUGCAUGUGCUGGUUUUCACAGCAAGCGAAUACAUCACGCUGAACAGGGAGGACGACAAGCGCAGUGCGUUCACAUUCAUCCGACAGCUGUUGACAGUACUUCUUCAGCAUGGAUUGGACCCUAAUGCCCGUUUCUCACAGCGAAUGCAGCACAUCUUGCUCGCUUUGUUGGACUUGGUGCAAAACGCAAGGCUUGCUUCGGACUUGGAACAUGUGCACGCACUAACACUUGCACUCCUUGUGCAUGGUGCAGACCCAGAUGUGCAAGUCAGCUCGUCGGAUCCAGUCAUCUGUCACUCGCAGAGCUCAGUGUUCCUCAAGAAAGCCUCUAGCCAGGUUCUGCACUAUUACAUCCAUCAACUUAGCCGCAAGCACGACCUUCUUAACGACCCCGAGCAGCGGUUUGCCGACCUUAUCCGACUGUUUUAUUACACUAUGGACCACCGAAAGCUCUACAGUUGCCUCAAGAGUUUUCUUAGCCAGCCGGUUGUGCUGCCUGCAACGACCGCUGGUUGCAUCACGCAGCUGCUGAGAUCUAUGUACAGCCAGCCACGCUCGCUCAAGCAGAUUGCCCGGGUGGCCAUACACCAGGCGCUGCGACACCAGGUUGCCACUCUGGUGGGGAAACUGUCACUCCCUGGACCUCUAAAGGAGUACUUGCUUCUCGACUGGACGCCUUAGAGCUAGCGCCCCUGCCAAUUGAUUGCCGCACUGUUGCUAUGGCAAAGGUGUUGGGUCUUGUCUCUCUGUCUUCUCAGCGUGAAAGAAUUGCAGUGUGCAGAGACGAGGACAGUAGCAAACAUUGGGCAGGCACUGUGUGGAUUGUCAUUUGCAUUGCUUUGUUCGUCCCCGUCUGUUUGCACUGCAACUCUUGUUUUGAGUGGGGUGCCAGAGAGCUCGUGAAAGAGCGAUGUUGGAUCUCUCACUUUCUAUCUGGUCAAGCCUUGCCUUGCCCCCAAGCUUCCUUUCCGUGCUUUUUUCUUUUUUGCUGGUGCAAGAAACUUUGUAGUACUUCGUUUGUGUUUCGUUUUUGGCUGCUUUAAAGGGGCGCUGAAAUGCUGCUGUCCUCUCUUGCUUGUUCUUCAACGCUUGUUUCGUUGCUUCAUACCCCUUCAUCAUUUCUGUUGUGUACUAUUGUGGACAAAUGAAACAAAGCAUGAACAACUUAGACCUAACAAGAACAGAUUAUUUAAUUUCUGCUUUUGCCCCCACUAAUGUUGGCAUAAUUUUGCCUUUGUGCUUAGUUUGGGGUUUACACUAUUUUUGGCAACCAGUUAAGUGGCGGUGCAAAAUCUUACUCUUGAGUUACCACUUGUAAGAGGCGUUCUGCUUUAGUAUUUUACACGUGCACAUAUUGUUUAUUUCUUUCCGGUGACCGUUUUUUCACCAGGCUAACACCACAAUGUGACAAUAUUUUCCUAUUUGUGUCUCACUUGUCUACAAUAGUAUGUGGAUGAUUUCUGUUGCACUGUUUGAGAAGGAAACCAAUGUUGGCUGUUUCUGCUUGUACCAGAAAGCAAGGCAUGGUGAUAAGCAUGCCAGUGACAGAGAAACAACAUGGUGGCAAUGAUGGCUGAGUACUGCUCGGUUUGAACAUUGUGCAUGGAUCGACUGGAAGUUGAGCAUGUUGGUAGGCAUUCAUGUUACUGAAAGGCGAGCACGUGAACAAGGACAAAGGAAGCAAUGAAAAGGUGUUUGUGUUGUCCUUUUCAUUCCUUCUUGUAUCCGUGUUUGCAGCCUGCCUUUCAGUAACAUGAAUCAUGCAUGAGUUUGGGUUUCUCUGCCACUCAGUAUAGCAUUAACAAUGAUAGAGGCACCAAAUACAAAAGAACUUCAGCUUUCAUGGAGGCUGUUUUAGGGCCCCUUUGAGGUUUUGAUUUCAUCCAAAGCCUAAAUUAUUAUAUGCCGACAUAUAAUGUGAAAGUUGCUUGUUGUGAUAAAGAUUUCAGGUUGGGAACCUUACUUUCUCUUUUGUAAAGGCAUUUAGCAACCGGCCAUCAUAGCACGUUCUCAUGAAAGCUUUCUCACUUUAGAUUUUAUGGAUUCUCGUUGUUUUUAAACGUGCAUUUUUAUUUUAUUGUUCAACCUAGAUGCUAGUUAUACUUCUUGUUCCACAUUAUUCCUGAAUCAGCGCAGUAAAUCACACCUACAGGCAGCCCACAUAAGAGGUUAAGAAAAGGCCACGCCAAGAAUAAUGCAGGAUUGUGAAGGGACUGAAAUAGUGCAAUAUUGUAAGCAAACACACAAAAAAUGGAACUAUCUGUAGAAUUUCUUAUGCAUACAAUAAACAUUCUGAAUAUUUUUAUCACAUUUUUAACUCAAGUAAAAGCGAAUCCUGCUGCACAAUACCGUUAGUAGCGUUUUGACAUUCCGGAGCUUGUGUUGCAGGAACCACUUAGUUGAAGUAAUCAUUAACUUCUGAAAAGAAUAAUAUAGUGAUCAGUAUUGUGUUUCCAAAAAUGAAUAAAAAUCAUUGAAAGAGAUGAACACUACAAGCUAAUUGAGGAAAAAGAAAAAAGAGAGAGAAAUGGCACGUACACAAAUGUAGCACAUACACAUACACAAGGUCCUUUGGAUAGCAGCAGAAAGCAAAAGUUUUGAAAAAUGAUUUAAAAAUGAGGACGGAUUGUGCGAAGAGAAGAAAGCACACAAUUAGUGAAAGUUAUUGCUCAAGUAUCGGGGCAUCGUGGUCUACACUGAAUGUGAAGCUAUGCAACUAAAGUUUUGGACAGUAGUGUAGGACACUCUUCAAUAAUGAACCUUACAAAAACUUCCACAGGGUACUUCCACAUGUUAAACCUCGAUAUAACGAUCACAGAUAUAAGAAACCUUAAAAUGUUUCUCGGCAAUAUCAUCAUAUAACGAAUAUAGGCUUAUAACAAAUGUGGAUAUAAAGAAGGUAUUUUUGCAUCAGAUACGACAUUGUAAUGAUGAGGUUUGACCGUAUUAUCCCUAUAAGUGUGCCUUUGUUUAGUCAUCUAGGUUUUAGACGACACAAUAGCUUGUACAGCAGAAUGCAAAUCUCAAUCGUUUUCUCGCGGCAACGAAUCUACUAACAGAUAUCAACCAAAAACUGUGUCAUGCGCUCAUUUCUAUUAACUGUAACGUUAAAUGAAGCAGAAAAAUUUUGUUCUCUUUGUGAUAUGCAGGCUUUUAGCUAAUCGUCCAAAGACUGUGUUUAAUUACUUUGAGUGCAGAACCAAACAUUAUGGUUUGUGUCAUCACACGAAGAAGCCUCACUUGCUCCUUUGUUCAUGGACUUCCACUGAAAAACAUUCUUUUGCGCAGUAGUAUCCUUGACACUGCACCUAGUCUAAAGCAUCACAAUUAGUGCACUCAUUCUGACCAUUCGAUUUGGAACAUUUAGGUAUUUGAACCAGGCCCUAGAGGGGAGGGGGGGGGGGGGGUUUAUAUGGCACCUGCUCUUCUGGAAGACCAAGACUUGUAUUCUUAGUGCCUAAAUUUCAGGUAGCUGCUGUUCACAUUACUUCCUGUUUAGCAUUUUAGCAGGCUAUAAAGCAGGCUUUGAAGAGCUGAAAUGCUGAGUUUAUUAUUGUGUUUUUCUUCCUUACAGAACUGCAUGUAGAACAUGUGACUGAAUUUCACUGCAGAAUCUGCCAACAUGCAAAACAAAUAACUUUUAAUCAUUUUAUGGUUCCCAGGCUGUCGAACCUAUAUCGUGGGGUGGGUGCUUCACGGAAAAUGUAUGUGUUGCUUAGCACAGGAAUGUAUGCAGCAUGAUCUCUCUAUUUCUCUCUCUCUCUCUCUCUCUCUAAUUCCUGCAUUUGCAAUGUGAUGUUGACUGCCUCAUUUCCAAAGACCUGAAUGCCGAAUGCUUCACUUCGCGAUGAUGACUAAAAUGCACUUUUGGUGUAAUGUAUCUGCACUACUAAGGCAGCUGUAAAUGCAAAAUACAUUUCUGAAGUUGGUCAAGUCGUCAUAUUAGCUAUAUAGGCCUGCCGCUCGCUGCUUAAUUGCUGGAAUAAAAGGUGCAGUUGCAUGAUCUGACAGCAAGUGCCCAGACACACAUCUGACAUCUCCUUGUUGGCCAUGCUUGAUAUGCUCGUUUCUGUGCUAAGCAAUGGCAGUAUCAUGCAAUGUUAGUUUGGCACAACUGCCAGAGUAUUUGCUGCAGUAGCCUAAUUUGAGUCCGUUGAGUGAGGUGCUGCACCAUGCAACAAGUGUGUCGCACAGCUUACAUGGAAUGUUUUAUGGUCAGCAAUAGUUGCUGGCACGUGAAAUGCAGCUUGCCUCUCUUGGUGGUACACUUUUCUCACUUGUCCUGACUGCCACACUCUUGUCUCUUAGAGUUCUCUCGAGAACAGGCAAACUUAUCUUGGGCAUGUUCACCUCAAGCACUGCAUUUGAUGUGCGUAGUCGUAAUAAAGGCAAACGUACAUUGAAUCAAUUCAUACCAUUAAAUUACCCUCCCAUCCUAGGGACUACAUGGCAUAUUUUCUGCAGAUAAAUGACUUGAGUUGCAGAGAAAGUUGCAGCUGAAGGAUUUCUUCUUCAGCAGUUUGAAUCAGAUGCGUCAAGUGAUGUGAUGUGAACAGGAAUCGAGUGCUGCACCAGCUGUCUAGGAGGUCUGGCACUUCCAAGCAGAGAGGGAGUGCCACAUUCCUAUAAACGGUGCCAACAGAACAAUGAAAAGAGGUAGCAUUAGCAAGUUCCUUUGUUUGGGAAGCCAGUAAAAUCAGCCAAACUGCUUUCUGUUUCAUGUUGAAAUGCGAUGCAAGUAUUUUUGUUGUCAGCAGUUGACUACUGUUUAGCAAUUAUGAACAGGGCCUUGGCACCAAAUUUUUAAUGAUGCACCAAUCCUGUCCUACAUUUACGUCUUUUUCUGGCUCACAAAAACUCGUUCUCAGUGUGAUGGAUAAUUUUGACAUUUUGGAUUAAUACUGCAUCACUUACAGCUUGACUUAUCGGUGCCUGCACGGGAGGGUAUAUAUAUAGAGCAGCCAGGAAUGCUAUAAACAAAGUGUGUACAGAGUGUUUGAAGUUCUGUGUGUCAAAGCAACACUGGUGGCACGAGUUGGAAAUUGAAGCAUUUGCACAGCUGAUGGUACCCCGUGCUCUGGACCCACAGACUACAACUCGUGGCAGUAAGUCACGCCUCAAAUAAAAUGCACCAUGGCGAGCAUCAAUGGAUCUUUGGAUGCAACUUGCCACUGUUUUGUCUAGUGCAAAGUGCAAGCUCCUCAUGUUUUGCACGCUGGCAUGCUUUCUGCAUAGUGCACCGACAGUUUUGUUUCUCUUAUUCUUCAUUGUUGAAAGGCUUGCACUUUCAUGCAUGCAUAUAUACACGUAACAUGGCUGGUAUGGCCUCAAAUGUACGUCACACACUGCCGCAACUGUAAAACCUGAUGGUUUGUAUGUACAUAAUUUGCAGCAUGUUUUGCUGGACAGUGUGAAAGUGGUGUACCAAUGAAUGACAUCAUAGUAUGAGCGUGUAUACAGUCAUGUGGUGCUUUCUCUUUGGUGUGGGAGAAUUGCACGUGUGCCCUUAGCAAUUUUUCUCCUUGCCAGAUAGGUGUGUAGAAAAGUUUCUUCGACUUGUGAACAUUGUGAGUGCUGAAACUAUUACUCUGUGAAACUGUAAAUUGAUAGGUGAAACGAUGGUGGGGAUUCCCAAAUUGGAUUUGGCAAAGUUUCCAUCAGCAGCGUGUGCACAUUUUAGACACUUGUGUCAGAAUGAAAAAGCACUUUCUUGAAAUUGCUUUUGAGUUUAGUAAUAAUAGCACUGUUUUGCUUUUAUACUGGGCACUUGAACUCUGCCCAUGCGAAGGAAAUUUAAUUUGAGGCUUUGGACUUGUACCUUUCACAACUUUGAUGUUGCACUUGCUCGUCAGUGUUACAUGUCUUGGAAUGUACAUUCGAGUUUGGGUGUAGUGUUUGGAUCAUGUUUUUUCUCGAUCAAGUUUUUACCGUGGAGGUCCCUUUUCUUCAUUUAAUUUUGCAGAAGGGUGUUUUGGAGUACAAGUGCAAUUUUGAUACAUUGUGGUCCCAUGCAUAUGUAGUAGCUGUUGUGCCUAGUUUGAGGGUUUUCGAGGGUUUGCUGUGUGUGAAUGUCAUGCAUGAAACUGGCAAUGUCAACUCCUUGAUAUUAUUCAUAGUUUAUGCUGAAUGUUUGUUGUGUGCUGUACAAAUGUCAUUCAGCAAUGUUGUUUCACAUAAGCCGCCAACAAGAGAGUGCCUGCUCAAAAAACAGCAUAUAGGGUGCAAAUUUAGACGUCAGGAAUGUGCACUUAAUGUACUGCAUAUUUGCAGACGAGUGAAGUCGCUUGUAUAUUGUGUGGUUUCCUGUGUGGGAAAAUGUAGUAGUGACGUUAACCCUUGAGGUGCCCUUCUCACUUUGGCUACAAUACCGAUGGUAAGACGAGUGGUCUAUUGAAUGGAACAGUCUAUGUUAAAGGGACACUAAAAAUAAUGAUUAUUUGAGCUGUGUUACUUAACUACCCUUCCGUAUUGCCAAAAGAAGCCACUCUUACUGUGAACAAAGACUUGGUAAGCCAGAAAAGCUGCAAAAACGAAAGACAAGUGACAAAGCCAUUUUGAAGUACCCACACUAGCUCGUCGUGACAUCAUGGAUGCUGUCGGCGUAUGCUCGAGCCUAUAGUAAUAUUUUUAUCGGUAUAGAUGGACAACAUUUCAUUCUAAAAGAGCCAAAGACUUAUGUUAAAACAUUUUAAAAACUUAUACUGCAUAAUAAUGGCCCAAGUUAGAGAAAUCACUUUAAUAUCCAUGAUGUCACACUACUGAAAUAUCCAUGUGAAGUUAUGAAAGUGUGGGCCUUUUCUCUUCUUGUACGCAACAUAUCUUACUGUGAGAUCAAUGAGUUUUGAAGGAAUACCUUAUCUGGCUAAACAGAUUUCGUGCUUCUCUUUAGUAUUCCUUUAACUCUUGAGGUGUCCUUCUCAUGUAGGCCAUGGCACCGGUGAUAAAGUGAAUAGUCUGUGAGUACAGUAAGCUCCUUUUAAAUCUUAUUCUGUUAAUACAAGCAUUCUGGAUAAUGUGAGCAGAAAUGACGGCCUUUGUUUAAUUCUCACAAAUUCUGAGCACUGCUGUGAAGUUCAACUUCUGAUAAGAGACAGAUUUCCAGAUAAUUACCAAGGAGCCAAUCAUCCUCUCUUAACCGAUUUUUGUUUUAGGGUGUAGUAGCUUGGUACACAAGCUUUUCUUUCCCUACAGAUAAGGGCUUUGCCAUAAAUAGCAAAUAACUUUUGUAAUAUCAGGCCUUUUGAAUAGGUGCUCUGUGCAAACAGCAUUUUAAAAACUCUGAAUGGGUCUGUUCAAGUGUCAGUGCUUACAAAAAAAAAAAAAAAUUGUCCAGACAUGCUUGAUUAGCCUGAUAAACCUAAAGAAGCCAGGGCCAGUAUAAAGCAAGAAUUUUUUUUUUUUUUGCACAAUCCUAUCCUUAUUUAAUGCUCCAAAAGAACUGACUUUGGUAAUAAUUGAGACGGGCCAGUGGUUAGAUGUGAAAUGGAAAUACAAUUGCAAUAAAAUUGUUACAUUAUUCACGCCUAGGUAAGAUGAUAGAAUUAAAAAAUUAACUGAGGUAAUAUUGCUUUUUAGCAGAAAAUAAGAUGAAAAAUAACCUUAAACAUACAGAUUUGUAGUGCUUGCUUUAGAGAGUUAAAAAGAUGAUGCAGUAAAUGCAGGAAUUGAUUUGACAGCCUUUUUUUAUAUGUACUCGGGUAUAUAAAGGAAGCCCAAGAAAACCAGUGCAUAAACGUCUCAGCCAUUCUGCACCAUCCGGCAGGUUUUGGUUUAGAAACAUUUGUAAAAGUGAUUAUCUCUCGUUUAUUUCACUUCUCAGUGUUUCAGCUCAGAGCAAAUGUGUGUGUUUGCAUGUCAACACAAAUGGGCUCCAAUAUGAGUUCUGCACAAAAAGUAUAAUUUCUUACAAAAAAGUUUCUGCUUGCAUGUUAGGUACUGAGAUGACUUGAUGUUCCUGACUUGUAAAUAUCACUGAAAUUUACCUUUAGAACACGAUUCAUAUCUGGAGCCCUUGUGUAUUUUUCUAAAUCUGCCUCAGCUGCUGGACACUAAAAUACAUAUUUAAACUCAAAAACAUUGUCCAGUAUGGAAUCAGAGUGAGCUGUAGAAGUUCUCAAUCAAUUAUUUAUUACUUUUUUUAAACAAUGAGAAAAGACACAUUAAUUAACACUUUGUUUUUCGUGCAUUUUCUAAAAGCUUCCUGUAGUGUCAUUGUACUAUUGUUGUAUGGGCAAAAAUACACUACACAAAAUCACACAUGGCUAGAAAAGCAAAGGCCCGGAAAACAGUGAAACAAGGUUGAUAGGAAAAGGGGAUCAAAUGCUGGUCUAAGGACUGUACUACCAUAAAUAUUUCUUAGAAAGACAUUAUAUUUUGGUCAUUAACAACAAAUGGUGGAAGCAUAUUCCACUUGCUGAUGGCAUGAAGGAAAAAUUAUCUUUUGAAAACAUUGGUGUAACAGAGGACUUUCUUAAUUUUAAAUCGAUUAGUAACAUAACACUAAUAUAACACUAAGUUAGGCGGAAGCAUAUACAAUUGCUUGUUUAUGCUACACACAUUAAAGUAUAUGAGGGAAGGCAUAUCACACCAUUGAUAUCAAAUAUGUACUAGGUAGCUGGCAUAAAAAAAAUUAGGGUGCUAUGUCAAGGUCACAAUAGGCUAUAGCUUUAUCAAAAUGUGGUUAUCUUGAGAACGCCAGCUGAGGAAAUUUAUCAGCUUUUUCUUUUGGGCAACCUUCUCAGUUCACUGGAUGCUAUGUGGAUAACCUAAAAAAUUAUAUAAGAGUCAAAAAUCUAUUUACAGUAAGGUGUAUUGACAACAGCUAAAAUCAGCUCUAUGGGGCCACACAACACAGCUUGCUAUCUUAUCUGAAUUACUUUUCUGCUGCCCUUGCUUCAAUUGUAUUUGUACAAGAAACUGCACACGUAAUAAUGCAGGUUGUUUGUUUGAACAGAAGUUCUUAGCUUCAAAAAGCUGCAUGUCGCAGUGCGUAGUCUCUAGCUUGGCUCUUUGGUAACUGCUGGCAAAUUCUGCUGGUUAUUUUGGAGAAGCUACCUGAAUCCUCGACCGAGCACUCAUGUCAAACACUUAUUUUUCAUUCCAAAUCUGCUAGAGAAAAACAACGCUCCGAGCAUGAUCUCGGUGUAAAGUUGUCGCAUUUGUAUCUGGUAGAAGCAAUCCGACAGUGAAGCAUGGGAGACCAAACUGCCAUUGAGCUUGUUGAUUCUGGAGCCAACCAGUGCAAAACAAAAUUCUCUGCUUGACUAAAACCUGUUCUGGAUUGAUUUGUUUUUCGCCUCAAGUGUUUUGACAGAAUUGUCAUGGGUUUGCAAGUAUCACUUGCAAUGUAGGUUGAAGCAUUUUCCAGUUUGCAUGCCAUGGACAUAACUUGCUUGUCGUUCACUACUGUGGGCCACGUUUAGAAGAACCUGCCUUUCACUAAAAAUGCUUGAAGGUCUGUUGAGCUUAAGCAAGCCUGGCAUUAUUAGCACCUUUUGUUUUGUCAUCUAAAUUAACAUUUUCUCUGGAAAGGCUACCCUUUAUAAAGAAAGGUCUUUUACGUUCAUACUGGAGCUUUCAAACUUCAUAGACAUACCAGCAAUUAUUGUGCACAUACAUUAGAAGAGCCACCAAGUUUUGUUAUGCAGAGCGAUGGUCAUAGCUUGGCUGUUGAACAGGAAGCCGAAAACAAGAUUUGGGUGACCGAUAUAAAUGAGGUUCUUGCAUGCACACGACGCCUAUCACUUGUACAUAGUUGUUAUGUGCCGUGCACAUGUGUUGAAAACACUUAAGUGUUUAAAGGUAUAGCAAGGAGCGUCUGCUGUAUGCGUACAUUUCACUGUGAUUUUUCAGUGAUCAAACUGCCCAAAUGCAACCAUCAAGAAUGCCGUGUAGGUGUGUGGAGUAGUAGUCAAGGUGUGUAAAUGAAAAAAAAAUAAAAAUAGUUGAUCUCUUGCCUUGACACAGCUUAUAGUGCUGACAUUGUGAAAUGGAAUAUAUCUAUACUGGUAUACUGCAUGUUCCUUUGUUGGUGUAUGUUGCAGAAGCUUUUUUUUAUGUUUUCGCACAUAUAAAACCAAUUUAAGCUUCCCUUUUUGUUUCUUAUAGCAGUGAAAAUAUUGCAGUUCUAGCCUGAAAUAUAUGCAUGUUACUUUUAUCAUAUUCUAGGAAUACUGACAUGUAGCCAAGAACAGCAGCAUCAGUGGCAUCUACUUCAUGAUAUUGUCUUUAACUAGUAUUCAUUAAAGCUUAAACAUAUGGUCUAGUUAACCAGUAUGUUUUACAAAGUGUUCAUGCUGAACAGUUAUUCUUGGUAAGAAAACGGAAAAUACAGCUUUGGUAAGGCUACAUUGCCGGUGAUAGCUUUAAGCCAACAUCUAAUCGGAACAAAAGUUGCACACUACAGACAAUGGUUCAGCUGAGUCUCACAAGAUGUCACCAGCAGCACACCUGCUCACAGCUACAUCCUCACGUUCCAGUAACAUGGUAAUUGCGACACAUACAUUCAAGCUGAAGCUCUUUAAUAUGAAUGCACAUGUGCUUCUCAGGAGUACCAGUGAUGCUGAAAACGUUUGUGCUGGCUGUUUGGCAUUGUGUAUAAUUGAAUAUCUUGCUGCGAUAACGUGCUAGUUUAAAAAAUGUGCAGACAAGCUGCAAUGAUGCAAAUAAAUCUUGUUUGCAACAAUU